GUUUAUUAGUAUCUCCAUAGACAUUAAUGGGUUAGCGUACGCUAAAAUUAUUUCUUUAUCACGUGAUAAAGAAAUAAUUUUGAUAAGUAAAAGCAGCGAGAUGGUGAAACAGACCCUAGGAAUAGAAAAAUAUAAUAAGCGUGAGUCACUCGUUUUCGCAAAGAUACCCCUACUUCUCACGGUGAUGAAGGUAAGAAUGUAUUAAGAUAAAAAUUGAGUCAUCUGCACUUCAAGUAUUAAAAACAUUUUACUUUGAUAACAAUUUAAAGGAGGAGACUGCUGUCUAAACUUUUUUUUGUAAUAGCGUUAAUUUCCUCAAAAUGUAAUAACAUUGAACUUGUCGAAUUGCUUUUAAAAAAUGGUGCUACAAUAAGUGAAGAAAACAAGAAAGAUAAACGAACACACGAAAUUAUGAUGAUGCCUCUUCAUUACGCAGUUAGGAAGAGGAAUUACAAAAUGGUUAAAUUACUAAUGCUCAAUGGAUUUAACGCAAUAGAUGUCCAAAAUAAUUUCACUGAGACUGCCUUGCAUUUGGCAAUGAGAAACAAUUAUUAUGAAAUUGUAAAGUAUUUAGUUAACCAUGGUUCGAAAAUUAAUGCAAAUUCUAAUGCCUGGUUGGAAGAUGAAUGUGAUAAUAAAGGUAAAUCAAAAUAUCGUAGUUUUCUGUCUCAAACGAUACUUCAAUUGGCACUUUCUGAAGGAAAUUUGAAAAUUUGGAGAUAUUUAUUAAAAAGUAGUUCGUUAGUUGAUGCAUCAGCAGAUUCAGCUCUUCAUUUAGCAGUGCGAGAGGGUCAAGUGGAAGUUGUGAAAAAGAUCGUGAAGCAAAAAGACUUGGAUAAAAAUUCGAUGGAUAGCAGAUUGGCCGUUUACAUUGCAGUCGAAAAUGGAGAUGAAGAAAUUUUAAAAAUCCUUCUAGACGCGGGAUAUUCUUUUGAAACUUGUUUUAGAGACAGAUGUCCCCUACAUGUUGCAGCAACAUUUAAUCAUACAAGAUUAGUCGAAUGAUGAUGAUCUGC